CUCUCGGCCCGGCCAUCUUGGAGGGAAGAGCUGAAGCAGGCGCUGUCGGCUCGGCGCGGCCCGCUGCAAUCCGUGGAGGAACGCGCCGCCAGGGCCCCAUCAUGCCCGGACACCUACAAGAAGGCUUCGGGUGCGUCGUCACCAACCGCUUCGACCAACUAUUUGACGACGAAUCGGACCCCUUCGAGGUGCUGAAGGCGGCGGAGAACAAGAAAAAAGAAGGCGGCGGGGGCGGCGGCGGCGGGGGGCCGGGGCCCAAGAGCGCGGCGCAGGCCGCGGCCCAGGCCCACCCCAGCGCCGCCGCCAAGCAGCCCCGCAAGGAGUCCCAGAAGGACCGCAAGAACCCGCUGCCCGCCAUCGCCGGGCCCGUCGACAAGAAGGAGGACGCGCAGCCGCCCGUGGCGCUGAAGAAAGAAGGGAUAAGGCGGGUUGGCAGAAGGCCCGAUCAACAGCCUCAGGGAGAAGGGAAGCCGAUUGACAGGAGGCCGGAAAGGAGGCCACCUCGUGAGCGUCGAUUUGAAAAACCCGCCGAAGAGAAGGGCGAAGGAGGAGAAUUUUCAGUUGACAAGCCUAUCAUUGACCGGCCUAUCCGAGGACGUGGUGGUCCUGGCGGAAGAGGCCGUGGUGGACGAGGGCGUGGAAUGGGCAGAGGAGAUGGCUUUGACUCCCGUGGCAAACGUGAAUUUGAUAGGCAUAGUGGCAGUGAUAGAUCUUCUUUUUCACAUUCCCAUUUCAGUGGCCUGAAGCACGAGGACAAGCGUGGUGGUAGUGGAUCUCACAACUGGGGAACUGUCAAAGAUGAAUUAACUGACUUGGAUCAAUCAAAUGUAACUGAGGAAACACCCGAAGGAGAAGAGCAUCCAGUGGCCGAUACAGAGAAUAAGGAGAACGAAGUCGAGGAGGUGAAGGAAGAGGGCCCAAAAGAGAUGACCUUGGAUGAGUGGAAGGCUAUUCAAAACAAGGACCGGGCAAAAGUGGAGUUUAACAUCCGUAAACCAAAUGAGGGUGCUGAUGGGCAGUGGAAGAAGGGAUUUGUUCUUCAUAAAUCAAAAAGCGAGGAGACAAAGGGGAUGACAGAAGUGCAGGGAAGCCCGGUGGAAUCAAACGAGGCUCAUGCCGAAGACUCCGUAAUGGAUCAUCACUUCCGUAAACCAGCAAACGAUAUCACAUCCCAGCUGGAGAUCAAUUUUGGAGACCUCGGCCGCCCGGGCCGUGGCGGCAGGGGAGGAAGAGGAGGCCGUGGCCGUGGCGGCCGGCCCAACCGUGGUAGCAGAACUGACAAGUCGAGUGCUUCUGCUCCUGAUGUAGAUGAUCCAGAGGCUUUCCCAGCUCUGGCCUAAACUGGAUGUCAAAAGCCACCCCUGGUUCCUUUGUGGACCCUCCUCUCCGAGGCUUGCAUGCUUAAGGAUCCUAAACGACUAAGAAAUUAAAAAAAAAAAAAGAAAGAAAGACUGUCAUUCAUACCAUUCACACCUAAAGACUGAAUUUUAUCUGUUUUGAAAAUGAACUUCUCUCGCUACACAGAAGCAACAAUAUGGUAGUCAGUUUUGUAUUUAGAAAUGUAAUGGUAGCAGGGAUGUUUUCAUAAUUUUCAGAGAUUAUGCAUUCUUCAUGGAUACUUUUUUGUAUUGCUGCUUGAAAAUAUGCGUUUCCAAACUUGAAAUAUAGGUGUGAACAGUGUGUACCAGUUAAAGCUUUCACUUCAUUUGUGUUUUUUAAUUAAGGAUUUUAGGGGUUCUCCUUUUCACCCCCCACCUCUACAACAAUUUGGUUUCUAAAUAAUGCUUUGGAUUUUUCUUUACUACCUGCUUUGCGGUUUGCCACCAAUGAACAACUGGGAGACCUAAGCAUAGGCUGGCCAAUUUAUGGCUGUGUGAAAUACUAGUAUCUGGCAUAUUUUACCUUGGAUUAAAUGCUUAAAUUCAGGCUUUGAAAAAACUUGUUUUUCCACCAUCUUGGUGGUUGUAUGCUAAAAGCACACUCACUCCAUCCAGUAACCUGGAUCCUGUAGCGAUUCUUUGGGGUAAGGAAUUCUUGUUUUAAGUUAUACCUCCUCUGGCCUGGACUUUUCUCUUCCUGUUUCCUAAGCAGAAUUGUCUUUAGUGACAGAGAUGUUAACCUUCCCAGACCUGGGAGUUGUGCAAGACUGAUUGCACCGUAAGCUCUUCCGGCAGUAUCCCAACCCUGGCAAAUCAGGCAGCAUUUCUUUGGCUAUAGUCCUUGUGUGACAGGAGAAAACAACGGGGCCAGGCCAGCCAGUUUGGAGCGGGGAGAGCACGCAGUCAGCUUUGGGUGGGUGGGUGGCAUCUAGAAUUCAGGGAGCAAAAAACCCUGAACCAUUUAUUCUUAGAAAUUUGCUCUAUGGCUCCAAUUUGGGUCUCCAGCUGCUGAUGGGACAAGUGUGUGUUUUUGUUUAUUUCCCCCCCUAGACGGUAAGGGUUUUCUCUUCUUCCCCCUUAGACAUCAAUAUAAUUUAUCCCUGGGAACGGGGGACCAUCACUUCGAAAACAUGAAAGGAAUAACUAACGUUGACUAGGAUUUCUUGGGGAUUGACGGGGAGGGUUCGGUUCGGCUGCCACAUUUAUCAGGGUGCUAGAGAAAGGACUUGCUUUUAAGUUGAGAUGGCAGAAAUGGAUGGAAACGUAUUUAUAAAUUGUGGAGGACAGAUAGGAAAAGUAUGGGAGACCCUGCUUGGAGUGUUUAAAAAAAAAAAAAAAAAAGGGUCUGGCUCGCAUUACUGGACUGUUUGUAUAAACAGAUGUAGUUCCUCAUUUGUGAUGAAUGGGUGCUUUGACCUACCAAAAUGGAUGUCCCCAGAAAGGAGGUGGUGGGUAUGUAUGUAGUAGGUGUUCAGACUACUAGUGGGCACAGUAUGAGACACUGAACUACACCUUCCUUGCAUUGGUGCCAAUUUUUCAGUCUUGGCACCAAAAAGCAAACACGUCAAUUGGUAUUGACUUUUUCACCACUCUCUCUCUCUCUCUCUCUCUCCCACACACCUCAAACCCUUUCUUUAUAAGUUUCCAUUAAAUGUAAUUAAUGCCGUUUUGAACGCUCUGUGGUAAUCUGAACUUGAAAAGUCUUUAUUUCUAGAAAGAUUUGUGUAAAAAAAUUCUGCUGUAUUAUAGCGCUUUCCCCAUCCUCUAGUUGCUCUCUCUACUGUCGAACAAAACUCUCAUGUGUCAGCCAAGCAGACCGCGCUUGACCCCGACACAGAAGCGACUCCUUCUCCCCCCGCCACUGGCACUCAAGAACGUAGAGCGAUAUUUUGGAUGGCGUGUCCGAUAUCUUACCGUUCUCAAGGCAGUGCGUACUUCAGACAUCGGUCCGCCUGCUGUUGCUGAUAGAUGUACAUUUUGCCUAUUUCAGUCCGUUUGUGUCAAGCUAAAACUGUGAACAUAUAUCUGAUUGGUGGGUGAUAACAGACAAUAAAGGUUUAUUUUCAUGCUCUUUAAAAA